GAGUUUUCGCGAGGAAUGAACAACGCACACGGGUCUCUUUCGCCGCAGGGCAGAGAGAAAGGUCGGAUGGGUACGUGUGGAGAGAGGUCCUCCAUUAUCUCGUGGGUCUUCUCGCCCAGGAGCCAGCCGCUUUCUCGUUGGGGGACGGCUCCGUGGAGUGUGUACUUGUCGAACAGCUGGAAAUACGCCGAGGCCCCGCGGGAAGCCUGUAUCUGGUCCUGCUGCGCUCUUACCGAUGCACUCGUUGUCGCCAUUUUGCACCGUAGGCAAUUUUGUGUAUAUUGGUUACCGUGGCAACUACAGAAAAUUUAACCCUUUAAGCGCUGCGCGGAGAAAUUUAUAAAUGGAGAAGAGAAGUAGUAGAAAGAGAAGUCGAAAGGCGUCAGAGAGAGAAGAGGCAUCAGAGGAGCCGCCAGCUCCACUAGCCAAGAGCAGGAGACGGAAUUCGGGUGGAAAAUCCGUGGAGGCGGUUGAGAAAACAAGGAAGGGGAACGCUCGGUCGAAAAGAAAGGGCCUCCGAGUGUCGUUCGACAUCGUGGAGAACAGGCUGAGCGUUGGAGAGGGCGAAGCAGCAGGCAGCGGCGAGGCUGGGUGUACUCUUACUCUUGCCAGCAGCUCGGGGGACGGCCCUCCGUCUGUAGCUCCCGAACCUGCCCCCCAGGGGACCAAAGACGCGGGGUCCAGGAAACCCCUGACAGUGGAAAUAAAGUUCAAGAGACCAGAUUUCACCUUCUCGUUCCUGGCAGGGAAGAAGAGAUCGUGGAGGAGCUACAAGCAAGUGCUGGCAGCUGAGAGAUGUCUCCAGUGGAGACCUACUGACCCCACUUCAAGUGAAAACGGUGGAAUUCAUCACAGUCUCAAUGUGACUUCUGACCCCCACACAGUCAGCAGUCUGGAUGCCCCGCCUCCUCUGAAACCAGCCAAAAAGUACUCCGACCUCUCGGGCCUUGUGGGCAAGUACCGAGACCCACUGAGUGGACUACUGUUUCACUCCAGUGAAGAAUUUAGAACCAUUCGCUCUCUCCCUCCUGAUAUUGUAACGGGGUACCUCGCACUCCGGGGUAAAUUGCCCAUCAUGUGACCUAACACUCCGGGGUAACUGCCUCCAUGUGAUCAUCUGUUAUGAAUGUUUCUGCAAUUAUACCUCAAGGAAUAACAUUGUUCUAUUGACGGUGAAGUUCAGUUGGUCACAUGACAUGCACAUGAUGGUGAUGGCAAUGGGGUCAUGGGAUCGAGCAAUUUGGUGACGUAUGUACCGAGACACAGACUAUAAACUGCACACACGACCUGGCAGGCAACAGUUGCCAGGCAAAUGAAAAGCACUAAAGUAGUGCAAACCCUCGGCACACUAUAUAGAAACGUGGAACCCAUACACAAGUGUGGCACCACCACAAUUGAUGGUCUUGACCAUGCAUCAAAAAGAACAGCAUGUUAUGUACCAAAAAAAAUGGCCAGCCCUAUUUCUGUUUGAGGCCAAAAAUAUAUAUAAGGUUGAAAAAUUGCCAACCUUUCAUCUCUCUAUUAAUUUUCGUAUUACCCGUGGAUUGUUUAGUGCAAAAAAAAAAACUAAGGUUGAAAAAAAAACGGCCAGCCCUUCAUCUCUCCAGACAGACGUCUACGGACGCAGUGCUAUGCCGAACUGUACGCUGCCCUUUGAGAAACAUGGGUCAGUGGUA